AUGUCUAUUUGGCAAGAGAAAUGCGCUCUGGAUUUUCACAUCUAAUAAUAAAUAAAAUUAGAUGCAUUAGAAGAACUAUAGUAGGAAUACAAAAACUAUGAAAGACGAAUUUCAAAAUAAAAUUAAAAAUAUGAUUAAAGAAAGAGAUAUAAAAAUAAGAAAAAGAAACAUCGUAGUAGCAGUAGUAGUAGUAGUAGUAGUAGUUCAUCAUCUAGCAGUCCAAGAUUUUAGUCAAUUACCAGUUCAAGUGAAUCUGAUAGUUUACUUUCUUUACCUUCUGAUUCUAAAUAAAAAAAAAAACAUGAAAAAUUUUAGACUAAAAUUUUAGAUUUUGUUUUUGAUAUUAAUCCUCCUAGAAGAGAUUAUUUAAUAGAAUAUGAAUUGAAUGGAUAGAAAAAAAUGACUUCAAUGAAAAAUUUAAAUGAAAAAAUAUCUAAACUAAAUAUCUAGUCAAAAUAGAUAUAAAAUGAUGAGGAGAAAAAUGAAACCAACGAUGACAACUUGAAAUAGGAUUUAAAGGAUCAAUUGGAACUUGGAGUGAAUCGAUAUUAUCAAUAUAACCCAUUUGAAUACUGCUUUAGAUGCAAGUAAUCAGGACAUCAGGAAAGAUAAUGCACUGAAUAAUAAACCAUACAAUGCAAUUAUUGUUUAAGUCAAAAACAUGUUGGAGAUAUUUGUUCUAAUGUUUCUUGUUUUAGAUGUAAUUAAAUUGGACACAGAAAAAAUGAUUGCAGGACAUAAUUAAAAUUGCAAUAAUGCAUAAACUGCGGUAAGAAUAGUCAUAAAGAGUCAGAAUGCGGGAUGUUAACUCAACAAAUACACAAAUUAAAGGAUUAGAUCGAAUGCUUCGUUUGUAGAUUGUAUGGCCACAUAAAUUGCUAAAAUAACAUUAUCUGA